GGAGACGACGGCCCAGAGAAAGACAAGUUGCUAGAGCAGGAGGCCCGCCACAACCGCGACAAGCGGUUGAAGCGGUUCCUCGCAGCCGGCGGCUCGCGCAAGGCCACGACCGACAAGGCGCGCGGUCUCCUGACGGAGUGGCCCGACGCGCUCCCGCAACGGCGGGACAAACGCACCACUGCCUGGAAGGAGGAGGAUAUGAAGGCCGCAGCCGGGCGGGAGCACUAUGACCGGCUGGCCGAAGCCGCGGCGGACCGCCUCUUGGCCCAACUGCCGAGCCCAUCAAGCGAAGACUUGAAGGAGCCGAGUGAAGUGGCCGCCGAAACAGAACCGGAGGCACGGCAGAGGCAAAUCGAAGAUG